AUGUCAAGAAGCAUCCUCGUCACUGGCGCGACCGGAAAACAAGGUGGCGCCGUCGUGCAGGCCUUGGUCAAACGGUAUUCCUCCAAGUUCACCAUCCUCGCCGUCACUCGCAAUGCACAGUCCCCUUCUGCACAGCGUCUCGCUAAGAGGUCCUCUGUAAAGGUCGUUCAGGGAGACCUUGACAAUGUGUUUGCACUUUUCCAAGCGGCUGAGAAGGCUGCCUCCGGGGGUAUAUGGGGCGUCUUUUCUGUCCAAGCUGCCGUAGGCGGCGGAGCGACAUCAGAGACUGAGCUGAGACAAGGCAAGGGGCUGGUUGACGAGGCGAUUAAGCGCAAUGUGCGACAGUUCGUCUACUCGAGUGUCGAUCGCGGCGGCAACGAUCAGUCAUGGGGCAAAGCGACCAAUAUCCCUCACUUCCAGGUCAAAAACCAGAUUGAGAAAUACCUUCGAGAACAGACAGCAAACGGCAAGAGUAGCAUGAACUGGACGAUCUUGAGACCUGUCAUUUUCUUUGACAACAUUGCGCCUGGCUUCGAGGCCAAGGUUUUCAUGACGAGCUUCCGCGACGUGAUGAAGGAUAAGCCGCUGCAGUGGAUAGCGACUUCAGACAUUGGCAUCUUCGCAGCAGAGGUUUUCAAUGACCCUGAGCACGAGCAAUUUAAGAAGAAAGCAAUCGGCAUCGCGGGAGAAGAGCUCACGUUCAGAGAGAUGAACAUCGCAUUCAAGGAGGUUACAGGCCAUGGCAUUGGAACCACGUUUGGCUUUCUGGGCAAAGCGCUAAAGGCUGGAGUUAAGGAGGUCGGCACCAUGCUGGACUGGUUCAAGGCGGAAGGGUACAAUGCUGACAUGGCUUUGGCGAGGAGUAUCCACCCUGGCAUCAAGGGAGUGCGGGAGUGGUUAAAGGAGGAUAGCGCUUUUACUCGGCAUUGA